AUGACGUUUAAUAUAAUAAAUUACAUAAAUAUUAAGAGUUUAUUAUUAUUAUAUGUUUUAAUACAUCUUAUUACCUUAAUUUGGGUAUUUAGUAAGAAUAAAGUAAAGAAAAGUACUCUAUGCAAUUAUACUAAAUAUAUAAAAAUAUUUGGUUGGAAAAAAAGUAUAUUUGGAGGUUUAUUAAGAAUAAUUACUUUAUUUUUUCUUAUAUUACUUCCUAUAUUUAUACAUCUAUGCAUUGUAUUGAAUGUAUUUUAUUUAGGAAUAUUUAAUCAAGAGACUCAUGAGGAGCUAUGGCCAGAAAAUGCAAAAAAUUAUGCAUUAAGUUUAGCAAAUAUAAUUUACCUAUUAUUAUUUUGGCAGAUAUUGAUAUUUUUAAAUGAAAAUUUUAAUUUGAUAUUUUUAGUUCCUAGUGAAUUAUCAAAUUGUGAUUAUGUAUCUAUAAAUAUAGAUAAUCCUAAAGAAAUCAAAUAUACAAAAAUAUGUAUGAAUUUACUUUUAGGAAAAUGGAGUAAUAAUACUCACUUAGCAAGAAUAGAAGUAUGUAAAGUAGAAUAUUGUGGUAAAUUAUUUAAUAGAUAUUUUAUAUUUAAUAAUGAGAAAUUUUGGUGGUUAGAAGGUCAAUUUAUAUGGUCUAGAAAUAUUCUAAAUAGAUUAAAUCCUAAUAUAAAAUUACUAAAUAAUUUUGAAGAUAAAGAAUCUGAAGUGAAUAUAAUUAUAGAUAAUAAUAGAGAUUCAAUAAGUAAACUUGUUGGAAUGAAUCGAUUAGAAGUUGAAGAUAUUUCUUCUUUAAAAUAUAUUCUUGAUGAAAUAACUUUAAUUAUGAAUAUAUUCAGAUUUAUUGCCUUAAUAGAUUGUUUAUUUUAUUCAUUUAUUAUUUGGCCACUUUGUUGGUGUUUCAUUACUAUAUUAUCAAUAUAUUUGACUAUAUCACGUAGGUAUAAUAAUAAUAAAUAUAUGAAACAAUUAGUUAGUAUGCAUGAUAAAGACUAUGUAUCUAUUAUAUCAGAUUUAUCUAAUACAAAUAGGAGAGAAGUGAAUAUACCAGUAACAACAUUAGUUCCUGGAGAUAUUAUUAUACUAAAUAAACUGUCGAGAAUUCCUGCUGAUAUAGUUCUUUUAACUGAAAAUAUAACUGUAGAUGAAUCAUUAAUUUCAGGUGAAAGUACACCACAACAUAAAGUUAAAUUUAAUGGAAAUAUUAAUCAUUUAUUUACUCCUCAAGAAUAUAGAAGAACAGAUAAUUAUAUACUUUUUGAAGGAACUAAUAUUAUUGAUUUAUGUUCUUCGUUUGAUAAUUUAGGAUUAGUAGUAAGAACUGGAGCAACUACCUUAAGAGGAUCAAUUUUAUAUAAUAAAAUUAUAUGUAGUAAAUUUGGAGAUAUUCAUAUUUGUAAUAAUGAAAUAUUACAAAAUUGUAAUCCUACAUGGAUAUUUAGUGUUGGAUUAUUAUGGACUUUUUGUUUUAUAUUUGGUUGUUUCAUAUCUUGUAUUGAUGUAAUAUUUCUUAAUUUUGAUAUUGGGGCUCUAUUUUUUGUAGUUGCUACAAUAUUAUAUAUUCUACCUUUUUGGUCCCCUUUAUUUAUAACAUCUACAGUUGAAAGAUCAAUUAAUAGAUUAAAGGAUCAUAAUAUUUAUUGUACUAAUUCAAAUGAUUUAAUACAACAUAAAUUUAUUGAUACUGUUUUUUUUGAUAAAACUGGUACUCUUACUUUAAAUAAAUAUUAUAUUAGAAAUUUUUUUAUUUAUGAUGAUGAUAAUAAUAAUAAUAAUAAUUUGAAUUUAUUAUUUUAUCUUAUUCUUGCUACAUGUAAUAAUUUAAUAUAUCCAAAUAUUAAGAAUAAAAAAUAUUCAGAAAAUCAGGGUUCAAAAUUAGAAGAAUGUUUACAGAAAUUUUCAGGAUACUCAUUAUUACGUGUACAAUUUAAGAAAAGUGAAAGAUUAUUUGCAAUACCGAAAGAAAACUUUAAUUUAUUUUAUACAAAAUCAAAAAUAUUUGAAGAUUCACUGGAACAAGAUAAUAUUAAUUGUAUUAAAAAUUUUCAAAAUUAUUUAGAAUAUUUAUGUUCUAUGUGCAAUGCUGUUGAAGUACUUGUCAGGUUUCCUUUUGAUCAAAAAAGUCGUUCUCAAGGUGUAAUAAUUCGGAGGUAUAUAAAAUUGAACUCCUUAAAAAGUGCAAAAAGUUAUUCAUAUACUAAAAAAACAAUUUAUUUAAUAAAAGGUGCAAUUGAACAGAUAAUUAAUUUAAGUUUAUAUAGUAAAAAGGAUAAAUUACAAAAAUGGAUUUCUGAAAAAUCUAAUAAUCAAAUGGCUGGAUCAUAUAUAAUUGGAAUGGGAUAUAAAGAUAUUCCAAAUAAUAUAGAUGAUCUAAAUAUAAAUAUGUUUAAAGAUGUAGAAUUAUUAGGAAUUAUUGAAUUAUUUACUCCAAUAAGACAAGAAGCACAAUCUAUUAUUACAUUACUUCAAGAAAUAAAUAUAAAGUGUUGUAUUGUUACUGGAGAUAGUCUUACUUCAGCAAUACAUGUUGCAGAUUCAGUUCAUAUAUUACAUUAUAAUCAUUUAAUAAAUAAUUGUUCUAUACUUAUAUGUGAUGUAGAUUCUAAUCGUAAAAUAACUUGGAAGUUAAGAACUUAUUAUAAUAAUACUAUAGGUAAUGAAUUAGAUGAAAAAGUACUGGAAGAAUAUGAUACUUUUUAUGUAAAUGAUCCAUUUUUUAAUUCUGUACCAAAAAAUUUAACUUCUUUUAAAAAUAUUGUAUUAAUGUCAUCUGUACUUCUAAAUAUUUAUGAUUCUUAUUUAGAUGAUCAGAUUUCAUAUUUUUAUAAAGAUCUAUCUAAAAGUUUUAUAAUGAAAUAUAUAUUGAUGAAUGCAACUAUUUUUGCCCGUUUUACCCCAGAUCUUAAAGAAAUAAUUGUAUCAUAUAAUCAAAAUUUUGGUAAGACAAUUUUAUCAAUUGGUGAUGGAUUUAAUGAUUGUGCUGCUUUAAGAAAAUCCUCUUUUGGAAUUUUUUUAACUUCUUAUAAAAAUAAUAUUGAUUUAAUUGCUCCAUUUAUAUGUUUAAAUACAUAUAAUGAACUUGAAUCUAUUCCAAGAUUAAUUAUUGAAUCUAAAAUUGUAACUACAGUAUCUAUAAUAAUGUAUUUACAUAUGACGUUAUUAGGUAAUUUAAUUAUUUCAUGUAAAUCUACUUUAUUAUGGAUUUCUCAAGGAAUGAUUCCUGGAUUAGCAUGGUUAUUUAUUGAUAUAUUUUGUGCACUUAUUCCACUUUUAAUUAUGUCUUUAUCUACUCCAAAGAUAUAUGAAACAAAUAAAGAAGAUCUAUUAAGUGAAGAAUUAUAUGAUACAAAUAAAAAUAUAAUUAAUUUAAAAUCGAAAUAUCCUUUGAUUGAUUCUUUAAAUAAAAAGAAAGGAAAUCUAAUAUUUUAUUUUGGUUUAAUAUCUUCUUUUAUUAUAAAUUAUUGUGGUUUUAUUAUAGUUAUGUAUAGAUUAAUCCAUUUCAUUCUUCCAAAAUAUAAUAUUCCUCCAGCUUAUAAAUUUAAUAUAAAUAUUCCACCACAUUUAUGGUAUAUUAGACAAGAUAAUAUUGAAUCUUCUUCUGCUUGGUGUUAUCUUGUAUUCCAAUUAAUAAAUCAAUCAUGGAUUAUUACUCAAAGAGGUUCAUUUAUAGUAAAAAUAAAACUUAAUAAAUUUCUAAUUUCUUGGGUAAUAAUAAUAAAUAUAUUUAUUCUUUUUUGUAUCUGGACACCACCAUGUCAAAUUAGUUGUAUAUUACGUAUAAAUUGUGAUGAUAUAACAUCUAGAAGUAUUAAUCUCUUCAAUAUUAUAGACCUUUCUUCACCUUUUUAUGGUAUUAAAAAAGAUAACAUCUUUCCAAUUGAAUGGAAAUCAGAAUUAUCAUUAUGGUGUAUAUUAUUUUCCCUAAUUAAUUUCUUUUCUAUAUUUAUUAUUAACAAAAUCUUUAUAAAAAAAAUAAAAUAA